CACGCCUACUAUCAACAGCAACAACAACAACAACAACAACAACAACAACAACCGCAGCACAACAAGCGCGAACAGCAGCGACAACAAUUGUCACAAUCAUACUAUCAUCCACCGCCACCGCCACGUCAUCAGUUACGUGUUUUGCGGCUAUCGUCAGCGCCCACCGGCGCGCCAGAAGCCACAGCCACAGCCACAGCAACAGCAGCAGCAACAGUAACAGCGACAGCAGCAGGAGCAGUUAAUGGUACAGCGUCUCGUCGUGAGGAUGGCGAUAGAAGUAGUGGUGAGUUCACUCAACGUAACUCCUUGCAAACGGAGCCAUCGCUCGGGCUGACACCUACUACGCCACCGGCAGUCACAACACCCACGGCCGCGGAUAAGCAAUUAGUUGGCACAAGUACAAUGGCGGAGGACGAUAAUAGCAGUGAGAACUCGGCAACACCGUCUGCAACUAAAACUACAACAACAGGCAGUGCAACGUCGCCAAUAGCUGAAGCACCGACCGCAGUAGCAACGUCAAAUGGUUUACGAACAACUCAACUACAACAACAACAAUUACAAAUACAACAACAAAAAGCAAAUAGGCUGUGGUAUCAUUGA